CCGCUUCGGUCCGGUUCGUUGCCUUGUUGCGAGCCGCGGGCUGGGCCGCGGGGUCGGGGGCUCCGACCUUGCCGCGCUCUCGGGGCCCGCCCGUCCCCGCCGCUGCCGGCGGUAACAAUGGGAGCCGUGCUCCCGCCCUGCCGGGCUCCUUGCGGGCCGCCAGGCCCGCUGCUGCCACCGCUCCUCGGUGGCGCCCCGUGGGUCGUGGCACGGCUGGUUUCGCUGCCCGCGUGAAAUUCCCGGGCAGCAGCGGUUUGGGGGUCCUGGAGGAGCCCCGGCCCACGAGUGCCGCCCUGCUUCACGUCCCUCCAUCCCGGCCGGGGGCUCUCCCUGCGCCCUCCGGCCCGGAAGUCUCCGGAGCAAAGCGCUGCCUGUCGAUCCCCAGUCGGGGUCUCUGAUGGCAUAUCCGGGAGCAUCUCCCUAAAAGCUCAUGCUUUGCAUACAUGGAAUGAUUCGGUUUGCGGCCACCAUGUCUUUGCUCUGGGGAAAGCCUCUUGUAUUGAUAACCUUUUUUUUGGCUUCUCAUUCUGCCCCGUGUUGCAGAAAAAGUUUUGCCUUCUCUGGCCCUUUCCUUUCGGGCUUUGGAGCCUUUUUGCACAUGUUAUUAAGCUUUGUCAGAAUGGGAUGAAAAUACCGUUUUUCUGUAUUAACACAUCAGGAAAAUGAAACUGGGAUGUGCCAGGGCAAGCAGCAGCCCGCAGGUCUGGCAGUGCCAUGGGACCUACAGAUUCUGGUUCUGAAACUGUAACUUAUCUCGUUUCUAAUAAAAUGAACAGUUUGUUACAUUUUUGUAUCCCCUCAUUUUCUGGAGACUCCGCACUUUCCUUAUGUAGUUGAGACUCUCCUCUUUAGGCCUGGUGGGAAGGCAGGUCUGAGAAGGAAAGGGGGUAACAGCUGAUGUCUCAUUUGAUGCAAUGUCUUUGAGCAGAGAGUUUUGUAACCUGUAACUGUGAACCUCCUUUGUUUUCCCUGAGCCCUGGAGUGCAGAGCUGUUGGCCUGAGGUGUGAGCCCUGCUCCCUGCAAUGCCAACACUCCAGUGUGGACUGGCUGCCACUCCCUUGGGCCGGAGCUGCUCUUUCAACUCUUGGUGCAUGGGUGCAAGUUUGCUCUUUCAAGAGAAGAGGUGGAAUGCUUUUGAUGAGAGCAGCUUUGGUCGGGGAAGCUUUCUUGCAGCUGUGGGGUAGUGCAGGCAUUGGGGUUCUGUGGGUCACUGCUGCCACUGAGCUGAUCCCCAGUUCCCCAGUGAGGAAUGAGUUCCCAGUAGCCAAGUCCUCUUUCCCCAAGGCUGCUCUGGGGUCUGCAUGGGAACACCUCCUCACCUGACAGCCUCACCAGAGUCAGGCUCUGGCUGAGGUUUUUGCUAUGGAUGGUUUUUUUUAAUGGGUUUUCAGCACGUGAAAGGACAAACGCUUGUGUUACUGGUGGCAGGGUGGAGCAUGGCAGCUGCUGAGCAAUGCCUGGGCUGCAUAAGGUUUGGGCUCAGCCUGCUGCACCUGCAGCCCAGGGAAGCUGCAGGUUGGGUUUCUGUGGAUGUGUGGAAUCACUUCCCUCUGGGCCUGUGGUUCUGCUGCUGGGUUGGUUUAAUACAACAAAUUGUGUGUGAAACUUACAACUGGAAGAAAGCCAAAAUACAUAUCCCCUACACAGAGGGGAUGGCUGGGGAUAGAAGGCAUUUUCUGCUCUGCUUUGGCAGAAGUGCAGGCUUGGUGCUCUUCCCCUGUACCUCUGUGCCUCCUGGUAGCUUGGAUAGUUUCCUCAUAAGGGACCUUGGCACUGUAUAGCUGUAAAACUGUGGUGUGAAGUUGCCACAAGGCAUGGGUGGGUGAAGGGGGGAAUUUGGAGGUUUUGUAGGGAGCUGCAGGAGCAAUUGCACAGAAACUUACCCACAGAGAAAGGCCAGGCACUGGUGGGAGCAGCUCUGGGGGAUGUAGAGGCAAUGUUAGGAUCUCCCUGCUCUCAGGAGGGAUUUCUCACCCAGUCAGUACUUGCAAACUUCAACAGGAGAUUCCCCAGCUUUUCCUGCACUAUUUGCUAAUUCUGCUUCUGAGCUCCCUCCUUGGCACACUGUUUUUCCCUGUGCUGCCCUGCUCGUGGACAGCAGUGUUUCAGAUCAGAUCCUGCACUGAUUAUCUUCCUAAGUUCCAUGCUUCUGCACUCUGGCUCCUUCCCAUGUCUCUCGUGUCUGCCUGGGGCACAGCAGCAGAUCCUGCUGCUUUGGAGGAAGGCUUUGCAGUCUUAGCAAUGAAAUAUGAAAAUGUGAAUUCUGUGAUUAUUGAAAUUUUGGGGGCUUAGAAGCUGUGAGUCCUGACAAGUGCUGUGGGAUGUCUCUCACAUCCUUUUUGCCUGAAGAGCACUAGAGAGGGUAAAACCUCAGUGCUAAUCCCUUUUCUAACACCCCCUGCCCUGAGGCCCAGUGUGAGGUUAGAAAACUCUGCUUGCUUUGGACACUCAAACUUUUCUUGGGAUUGUUUGCUUCAAGCAGUGUUAUCUAACAGUGUUACUGGCUGUUAUUCCUUGCAGACAUCUUAUUCACUUUUUAGUAUGUUUGUGAUCAAGAAUACUAGGAAAAAAUUUGGUUUUCCAGUUCAAGGGAAUAAUUUUAAAAAAAGCAAAAAUAGGCACUUCUGCAAGGGCAGGUUUUCCUUAAAACAAAAAUUCCUCACACCUGUAGCACCACUUAUUGCUGGAACAUUUUUGCUUUCCCUGCUCUGCUUUAAAGGCAAGAAAGGAGAAGGGGAAGCAGCUGAUGUGUCUGAGGCUCUGAGAUGCUCUGUCCUUCAAGUGAGGUGUUUUGAAGCUUUUUCAAGCCUCCCUGCACAACUGGAUGGCCACAGCCUCAGCUUGGGGGCAUGGCAGAUCUGUGCCCACUCACACAUGUUCCAACAAGAAGUUGUUAAACUCUUUGCCUCAAGUCCAGGGAAUGGCUUCAAACUGAAGGAUGAUCAAUCUAGAUUACCUGAGAAAGAGGUUUUUUUACAGUGAGGGUGGUGAGGACCUGGCACAGCUUGCCCAGAGAAGCUGUGGCUGCCCUACCUCUGGAAGCAUUCAAGGCGAGGUUGGAUGGGGCUUGGAGCUACCUGGGCUGUUGGAAGGUGUCCCUGCCCAUGGCAGGGGAGUAGAACUGGAUGAGCUUCAAGGUCCCUUCCAACCCAAAACAGUCUGUGAGUCUAUGAUUUUCCUUUGGCUCCUGGUGCCUGAUUGCUCUCACCUGCAUGCAGGUGAUAUUCCAUCUGGAGCACUCUGCCAUGGUAUCCAGAGAGAAACCUCAAGGAGUACAAGUGGCCAUUUUGUGUUGGGAGCACGUGGUGAUGGCAGCCUGGCCCACUGUGGUUUUGGGGAAGUGAUGGGGAGGGUGGGGACCUACAGCAGCCAUUCUGGCUGUGUUGCCCUUGGGAUUGUUCACUCUUGCUGCUUACUUUUGUUUGUGGUAUCUAACAGUCCGUUCUCUCUUCUCCCCUGCCCCACCACAGAGUUGAACCUUGUAAAUACUGUUAUUUGUAUAUACUGUAAAUGAUGACAUCGGUGGGCACUACCCGAGCCCGGGGCAGCUGGGAGCAGACACAGACACAGAGCCAGACGCAGCACAAGCAGCGGCCGCAGGCUACUGCAGAACAGAUUCGACUUGCACAGAUGAUUUCGGACCACAACGAUGCUGACUUUGAGGAGAAGGUGAAACAACUGAUUGACAUCACAGGCAAGAACCAGGAUGAGUGUGUGAUUGCUCUGCAUGACUGCAAUGGGGAUGUCAACAGAGCCAUCAAUGUGCUGCUGGAGGGCAAUCCUGACACGCAUUCCUGGGAAAUGGUUGGGAAGAAGAAAGGUGUCUCAGGACAGAAGGAGAGUGGACAGACGGAACCCAGUGAAGAAAGCAAAGAGAACCGGGAUCGGGAGCGGGAUUUCAGCAGACGACGUGGAGGGCUGCCGAGGCGAGGCCGAGGUGCCACCCGUGGAAGAGAGUUUCGGGGCCAGGAGAAUGGGCUAGAUGGUGGUAAGAGUGGAGGAUCUUCUGGAAGAGGCACGGAAAGAGGGAGGCGGGGACGUGGCCGAGGCCGAGGUGGCUCUGGUCGGCGAGGGGGAAGAUUUUCUGCCCAAGGCAUGGGAACUUUCAACCCAGCUGACUAUGCCGAGCCGGCCAGCACGGAUGAGAACUAUGGGAACAGCAGCAACACGUGGAACAACACUGGGAGCUUUGAGCCCGACGAUGGCACGAGACUUGAUUUCAUUGGGGGUGAGGGGUCAAAUUAUCCCCGAAAAUUUGACACUGCUCCUGGUACGAUACAUCCAGGUGCAUGGAGGGCAGCGACAGAAGAAUGGGGCACGGAGGACUGGAAUGAAGAUCUGUCAGAGACAAAGAUCUUCACAGCCUCCAAUGUGUCUUCAGUGCCUCUGCCUGCCGAGAACGUGACAAUCACAGCUGGACAAAGAAUUGAUCUCGCAGUCCUGCUAGGAAAGACACCCUCUUCUAUGGAGAACGAGUCAACAAACCUGGAGUCAUCCCAGACUCCUUCCCUGGCGCAGCCACUGGUGUUCAGCAAUUCUAAACAGAGUGCUCUAUCCCAGCCCGCCUCUGGAAACUCCUUCUCUCACCACAGCAUGGUGAGCAUGUUGGGGAAAGGGUUUGGAGAUGUCGGGGAGGCCAAAGGCAGCAGUACCACAGGGUCACAGUUCCUGGAGCAGUUCAAGACAGCCCAGGCACUGGCUCAGCUGGCAGCUCAGCACACCCAGCCUGCUGGGAACACCACUGCUGCUUCCUGGGACAUGGCAUCCACCACACAGACCUCGUCUCUGGUGCAGUACGAUCUCAAGAACCCAACAGAGUCUUCUGUGCAUAGUCCCUUCACCAAGCGUCAGGGCUUCACAUCUACUUCAACCAUGAUAGAAGUGUUCAUGCAGGAGAAGCAGCCUGUGGUGACUGCCUCCACAACCACACCGGCGCCUCCAUCCUCACCUCUGCCCAGCAAAACCAAUCCAGUUCCCCAGAUGUCUCCAGGCUCCUCGGACAACCAGUCCUCAAGUCCCCAGCCAGCACAGCAGAAGCUCAAGCAGCAAAAGAAAAAAGCAUCGUUAACAUCAAAGAUUCCUGCACUUGCAGUGGAAAUGCCUGGCUCCUCAGAUAUCUCAGGGCUAAACCUGCAGUUUGGGGCGUUACAGUUUGGUUCAGAGCCUGUUCUUGCUGAAUAUGAAUCGACGCCCACAACCAGUGCCGCCGUUAGCCAGUCUCAGAGCAGCCUCUACACCAGCUCAGCCAGUGAAUCUUCAUCCACAAUUUCGUCCAAUCAAAGCCAGGAGUCUGGUUACCAGAGUGGCACAAUACAGACAGCAACAUUUACCUCCCAGAACAGCGCUCAGGGACCACUGUACGAACAGAGAUCCACCCAGACGAGGCGAUACCCAAAUUCUAUCUCCUCUUCGCCCCAGAAGGAUCUGACCCAGGCUAAGAAUGGUUUCAGUUCUGUACAACCCACGCCAUUACAAACCACACAGGCUGUUGAAGGUGCUACGGGCCCUGCGGUGAAAUCCGACUCCCCCUCUGCUCCCAGUAUUGCCCCUCUCAACGACGGGGUGUCUGCAUCGUCCUUGCUGACAACAGCCAGCCAACACUCAACAGCUCUGAGCAGCCUGAGCCACAGCGAGGAGCUCCCCAGUACAACCACUGCCCAGCUCAGCAGUGCAUUACCCACCCAGCAGAACAGUCUGUCCUCAUCCACAUCCUCUGGGCGAACAUCAACUUCAACCCUUCUGCACACAAGUGUGGAGAGUGAAGCAAGCCUCCAUUCUUCUGCCAGUACUUUCUCCACCUCCUCCAGCACGGUGUCAGCUGCCCCACCAGUUGUCAGCGUUUCAUCCAGCCUCAGCAGUGUCAGCAGCCUGGGCCUCAGCCUCAGCAGCAACUCCACAGUGACGGCCUCGACUCGCAGCUCUGUUGCAACCACAUCAGGAAAAGCUCCUCCCAAUCUCCCUCCUGGAGUCCCACCGUUGUUGCCUAAUCCAUAUAUCAUGGCUCCAGGGUUGCUACAUGCCUACCCGGUGUAUGGAUAUGAUGACUUGCAAAUGCUCCAGACGAGAUUCCCGUUGGAUUACUACAGCAUCCCAUUCCCUACACCCACCACACCACUGACUGGAAGAGAUGGCAGCCUGAGCAGCAAUCCAUACUCUGGUGAUUUAACAAAAUUUGGCCGUGGUGAUGCCUCUUCCCCUGCUCCUGCAACCACGCUGGCUCAGCCUCAGCAGAGCCAGACCCAGACCCACCACACCACACAGCAGACGUUCCUGAACCCUGCGCUGCCUCCUGGCUACAGUUACACCAGUCUGCCAUACUACACAGGGGUACCAGGGCUCCCCAGCACCUUCCAGUACGGGCCCGCCGUGUUCCCUGUUGCUCCUACCUCUUCCAAGCAGCAUGGUGUGAAUGUCAGCGUCAAUGCAUCAGCAACCCCUUUCCAGCAGCCCAGUGGCUAUGGCUCUCAUGGGUACAGCACUGGUGUAUCUGUGACAUCCAGUAAUACAGGUGUGCCAGACAUCUCGGGCUCUGUCUACUCCAAAACUCAGCAAUCCUUCGAGAAGCAGGGAUUUCACACUGGAACCCCAGCAGCCUCCUUCAACCUGCCUUCGGCGCUGGGCAGCGGCGGCCCCAUCAACCCUGCGACUGCGGCGGCAUACCCCCCCACCCCCUUCAUGCACAUCCUGACCCCGCAUCAGCAGCCUCACUCGCAGAUUCUCCACCACCACCUGCAGCAGGAUGGGCAGCUUCCAUAUUUGCAGAUGAUACUGUGCUGCCAACGCCAGCAGGAAGAUCAGAGUGGCUCCGGGCAGCGCAGCCAAGGCAGCUCCAUCCCCCAGAAAUCCCAGGCCAACAAGUCUGCCUACAACAGCUACAGCUGGGGCGCCAACUGAGGCCGGGCCCUCGGCACCACUCGCUUCCGGAAGAGAAUCCCAGUGCCCCCGAUGAUGAGGAAGGACCCCAGGGAGGAGAGAGCCCUGCGGCGGGGAGCGCCCGGGCCCCCAGCCCCAGCAGGGCCCUGCAGGGCAGGCCGCAGGCACCUCUGCGUUGUCUGUCUUCAGCCACUUUCCUGUUGUAUGUAAUAUAGAAUUUGUAUUUUUUCUUUUUUUUCCCUUUUUUUUUUUUCUCUCUCUCUCUCCACAUUCAGAUCUGAACCGUUUGCCGUAGGGGCCUUUUUUGGUUUUUACUCCUUUCUAUCCCCUCUCCCAUCCAGCUGCCCCAGAAUCUCUCAGAUCCAAAGGAGUGGAAGCUGCGAGUCGCCUACAGCAAACCCCCUUAUUAUUAGGAUUAAGACCAGUAAUUGAUAUGAGCAGCAUUGUAAGAUUAAUUAGUUGAAGUGUUUUUUUUUGUACCGUGUUCUAAAUUUAAUGGAUAAAUGUGUCUUGUAUAUAAAAACAAAAACCCCA